CUCGCUUCUUGAUCACACGAUGACCAAGUGCGGCAAAGCCUUGCUACGCCAAUGGAUGCUCAAACCGCUAACCGACAUCAACGCAAUCGAAGCCCGUCAAGAUGCCGUCCAGUUCUUCUUGGCAUCAAGUCGCAACGACCUCGUCAACUCUCUCCUCGUCAAGCUCAAGGCUUUCAAGGAUGUUGCGCGCAGCCUUCUUCACAUGAAGCAAAUGCGCUCGUCAGUGCAAGACUGGACAGUGUUCUACCAGUCCCUCAAUAACUUCCUUGGCAUGCGGAAAGAAGUGACGAAGCUGCCCCGCGACAUUCUCAACUCUAUUCGCCUCCUCAAGCGCAUCGCCAGCUUGGAGUCGUUGGAGCAAGUGUCAAACAUGCUUGGCAACGUCAUCGACUUUGAAGCAAGCAAGGACGAAACCCACUGUGUAAUCCGCGAGGGAAUCUCCGAAGAGCUUGACCAAGCUCGGGAGAAGUUUGGCGAGAUUGACAGCGUGCUUCUGGACAUGUCCAACGUGAUGGCCAAUGCGUACCCCGAAAUGCGUGGCAUCGCCGUACAGUACAUCCCUCGCGUCGGCUACGCCAUUUGCUGCCCGCAGUCGUGUCAAGUCCCACAAAGCUUUGAGUUUCAGUUUGAAGACGGGCUCCAGCGCUUUUACAAGGACGUGCGCUGUUGCAAGCUCGACGAAAGCUAUGGGGAUAUCCAUUGCCUAAUCUUGGAUCUCCAGCAAGGCUUGCUUCUGGAGCUCUAUGACGAGCUCAUGGAGCACGAAGCCACGUUUUACGGCACGAUUCAUGACAUGAUCGACAUGGUCUCGGAGGUCGACUGCUUCCUCUCUCUAGCUCGAGCUGCGCGCGAGUUCAAUUUUACUCGUCCUGUCAUGUGCGAAGACAUCACGUUCGUCGCCAAGACCGCGCGGCAUCCUCUGCAAGAGCUCACGGUCGAGUCGUACAUCCCCAACGACGUCUCGCUCGAUACCACAACGGGCUUGAUCCACGUUCUUACGGGUGAAAACGGGUCUGGCAAAUCCGUCUACUUGAAAAUGGUCGGCGUGCUGCAGUACAUGGCCCAACUUGGCUCCUUCAUCCCAGUGUCCGAAGGUAGACAAUCUCUUGGAGAAACGGCAACUGCAUCAUACUUCGAGACCGUGUUACUGUCGCACAGCUCGUUUACGAUCGACUGCAACCAAAUUGCAACAAUGCUCCGCCAUUGCGAUGAGCGCAGCCUCCUGCUCAUUGACGAAUUCGGCAAAGGCACGUCCGCGAUUGACGGCGUUUGCCUUCUGGCGGCAGUGCUCAAGGACCUCAAAGAAACCGUCCUGCGCCACGGCGGCCCCAAGAUCCUCAUGACGACCCACUUUUUGGAAAUCUUUCAAGAAGCCUACUUGCGCGACCACUUGGAAUUUCGCGAAGUGCACCAAAUCGAGUGCAAAGACCAGGCCCGAAUCAUUGAGGAAACGUCCACGAUCGCUUGCUUUGUCAUGUCCUCCGUGCCGAUCAACGUGGCGACAAAGGGCAAUGUGCCAACCGCGGCUCUUUUCGAGGUCAUUCCGGGCAUUGCAACCUCGAGCAACGCGUUUCGCUGCGCGACCAUCGCAGGAGUCGACGAGCGCGUCCUGGCGCGCGCCCAUGACAUUCUCGACUGUCGCCGGUCAAAGACACCGAUUGCGCCGUUGACAGACACCAACAACCGCGACGAGGCGUUCGAAGUCUUGACGAUGCUGUUUGUCAACGAAGCCAACUGGCUCAAUGCCCCGCUCCAUCUCGCUCGCUAA